GGCCCAAAAGAGGAGAAGGAGCCGCAACGUCAACUUCUAGACGCUGCGUUCAAUCUGCAACCUCAAACUGUGCAACGCAGAGCAGUGAAUGGGACAUGGAGGAAAAAAAGCUUUCAAUUACCUUUUUUUUUGUCUGCACUGCAUACUGGAAUGGGAGUCGAACAACUGCUGGAUGCAUAACCUACAUUGCUGAAGAUCUUCGUACUGAGCGGCCGGAGCCAGAGCCCCCUCACAUUAAAGAGGAAGUGAAGGACGAAGAGGUCCACCACAUCAAAGAGGAAGAGGAGCCCCUUUCAAUUAAAAAAGAGGAGAAAGAACUGCACCCCCACAACAGACAGGAAAAAGAGGAGCAUAUCACCGAGUGUGUCCCUUUCAAAAAUGAAGAUGAAGGUCAAAGUGAGGAGAGCAGAGGGGCAGAGCUUCCAGGCAGCAGCUCAAGUCAACACAUGACAACAGAAGGUGAUGAAGACCACUGUGGAGGAUCACAAGCAGAUGGCCUCUUAGGUCCACUAUCAGAUAGUGACGACAUGAUGUCGCACUCUACUCAUGAUGAUGAUGGUGGACAGUCUGAAAUUGAUACGAUAUUUCAGACUGACAACAAACAAUGGAAAUGUUCUCAGUGUGAGAAAACAUUUGAUAAUAAGAGUAGUUUGAAACAACACAUGAGAACACACACUUGUGAGAAACCUUUUGUCUGCUUAGUUUGUGGUCAAAGAUUCACUCAGAAGGGAACCUUGAAAAUACACAUGAGAACCCACACUGGUGAGAAACCUUUUUCUUGCUCAGUUUGUGGUAAAAGAUUCUCUCGAAAGGGAUAUUUAACAAGUCACACAAGAACCCACACAGGUGAGAAACCUUUUUCUUGCUCAGAUUGUGGUCAAAGAUUCUCUCAUAAGGGAAACUUAACAAUACACACAAGAACACACACUGGUGAGAAACCUUUUUCCUGCUCAGUUUGUGGCCACAGAUUCACUUAUCAGGGAACCUUGAAAAUGCACACCAGAACCCACACUGGUGAGAAACCUUUUUCAUGCACAGUUUGUGGUCAAAGAUUCUCUGUGAAGGGAAGCUUGAAAAUACACGUAAGAACACACACUGGUGUGAAGCCUUUUUCUUGCUCAGUUUGCGGUCAAACAUUCACUCAGAAGGGAAACUUAAUAAUACACACAAGAACCCACACUGGUGAGAAACCAUUUUCAUGCACAGUUUGUGGUCAAAGAUUCACUUAUCAAAGAACCUUGAAAAUGCACACCAGGACCCACACUGGUGAGAAACCUUUUUCAUGCACAGUUUGCGGUCAAAGAUUUUCUGUGAAGAGAGGUUUACAAAUGCACACAAGAACUCACACUGGUGAGAAACCUUUUUCCUGCUCAGUUUGUGGUCAAAGAUUCACGCAUAAGGAAACCUUGAAAAUACACACGAGAACCCACACUGGUGAGAAACCUUUUUCCUGCUCAGUUUGUGGUCAAAGAUUCACUCAGAAGGCAAAUGUAAUAAUACACACAAGAACCCACACUGGUGAGAAACCAUUUUCCUGCUCAGUUUGUGGUAAAAGAUAUUCUGUGAAGAGAGAUUUAAAAAUGCACACAAGAACUCACACUGGUGAGAAACCUUUUUCCUGCUCAGUUUGUGGUCAAAGAUACACGCAUAAGGAAACCUUGAAAAUACACACCAGAAGCCACACCGGUGAGAAACCUUUUUCCUGCUCAGUUUGUGGUCAAAGAUUCACUCAGAAGGGACACUUAAAACAACACACAAGAACCCACACUGGUGAGAAACCAUUUUCCUGCUCAGUUUGUGGUCAAAGAUUCUCUUAUCAGGGAACCUUGAAAAUACACACCAGAAGCCACACUGGUGAGAAACCUUUUUCCUGCUCAGUUUGUGGUCAAAUAUUCACUCAGAAGGGACACUUAAAAAAACACACAAGAACCCACACUGGUGAGAAACCAUUUUCCUGCUCAGUUUGCGGUCAAAGAUUCACUGAUAAGGGAACCUUGAAAAGACACACCAGAAGCCACACUGGCGAGAAACCUUUUUCUUGCUCAGUUUGUGGUCAAAGAUUCUCUAGACAGGAAACCUUAAAAAUACACACAACAUCGCACACUGGUGAGAAACCUUUUUCCUGCUCAGUUUGUGGUCAGAGAUUCAUUCAGAAGGGACACUUAAAACAACACACAAGAACCCACACUGGAGAGAAACCUUUUGCAUGCUCAGUUUGUGGCCAACGAUACUGUUAUAAGUAUCAGGUUAAGACACACAAGUGUGCUGGGGAGAAUAGCAGUGCUCAAGAAGAUUUUAAUGCAAAUGUAAAUGUUUAAUCUACAACCCCAAUUCCAAUGAAGUUGGGACGUUGUGUAAAAUAAAUAAAAACAGAAUACAAUGAUUUGAAAAUCAUGUUCAACCUAUAUUUAAUUGAAUACACUCCAAAGAGAAGAUAUUUAAUGGUCAAACUGAUAAACUUGAUUGUUUUUAGCAAAUAAUCAUUAACUUAGAAUUUUAUGGCUGCAACACGUUCCAAAAAAGCUGGCACAGGUGGAAAAAAAGAUAGUCGAACAGUUUAAGGACAAUGCUUCUCAACGUACAAUUGCAAGGAAUUUAGGGAUUUCAUCAUCUCCGGUCCAUAAUAUCAUCAAAAGGUUCAGAGAAUCUGGAGAAAUCACUGCAUGUAAGCGGCAAGGCCGAAAACCAAUAUUGAAUGCCAGUGACCUUUGAUCCCUCCGGGGGCACUGCAUCAAACACCGACAUCAAUGCUUAAUGGAUAUACCACAUGGGCUCAGGAACACUUCAGAAAACCAAUGUCAGUAAAUACAGUUCGCGCUACAUCCGUAAGUGCAACUUGAAACUCUACUAUGCAAAGCAAAAGCCAUUUAUCAACAACACCCAGAAACGCUGCCG